GCUACUGUCUUUGGUCUGUGCUCUCACUGGUGACCGUUGGUGACAAAUGACAAUCACGUACCAAUGUCGUGUAACUUCUGAAUCUGUGUUCGGAAUGUUCGUACGCUUUAUUUUUUAUCAAGAGCGAUCACGAGUGCUGUAUACGAUAAGUAAUUUAGUGCUCCGUGUAAGUGCGCGGUUUGGAACGUUGUUAUUGUGAGUGCAUUAUUGAGAUAUGCGCUAAUAAUCGAAGAAGCGUGAAGUUAUUGCGGAGGAAGAAAAUAGGCUAUAAAUAACUAUAUUUUCAACUACAGGCUAUUCAAACAACAUUUUGUUUAGGGCUCCAAAUGUGGUUGAAAAUGUUUUUGUGACUUCUUUCUACCGUCAUUACUGCAUUGAUCCGGAUUGUCAUUACGUAGGUUUGUAAUCGUAAAUAGAUCGGGCAGUUGUCAUGCAGUUUAAUCGCCCAUAGCAGUUCUAAUCGUCCGUUCUGUCAGAAAUGGCAAGAUGAUGCGGAACAUUGGCGAUGUGAAGGAGGAUUCAGAGGAUCCUGUGAAAUCAUGGGAAAGGCCAUGGAAUACAGACGAGAUGCGGCAGCAGAGUGCAGGCUGGAACUUGGCUGGAGAUGCAGGCCUGCUGAGACACCUCCAACAGUUUUCUCAGAACCUGCUUUCACAGACCCAUGUAAUGGAAGUGACUUUAGAUUCACUCAUGGAACAGCUGAGGGCUACUUCAACGGAUGUGAGCAAUGUGACGAGUCAGUUCCUUUGCUUAUCAGACACUCAGUUCUUGGAAAACAGAGUGUAUGAUGAUGAUAAUGAUGAUGAUGAUGAUAAGGAGGAGGAGAAGAAGGAGGAAAUGCCUUCAGAAGAGAAGGAGGAAGAGCAGCCCAAAUCAAAGGAAGAACAAGAAGCUGAAGUAGUGACACGGAUACAUGAAGCUCUAGCCCUUGGCGUGUCGGUGCUGGACAACAUGUUUGACUCUGUUGAGGUCCCAGCAAGUGACAGUGAAGAUGAGGAGAGUAGUGGAGGACGCCUAGUGCUGGAGCCUCGUAAUCCAUACCUGAGUCGAGCAUUGCCAUACCUUAUUGGGUGCCGACAGUUCAUGGAAGAUGACUAUGUUGGUCUGGGCUCACUAAGUGACUCGGAGGAAGAUGGUGUUAAUAAGAAUCUUAUUCUGUCCAGUGACAGUGAGAGCGAGAUGGAUAUUGAGCACAAGAACAUGUCAAAAAAAAGGAUGAGAAACCAUCAUUUAUUACUGCAGACAUCAGUCAGUGCCGGUGAGAGCUCUGAGACUGAUACUGAAGAGGGUCCUGCACCAGGCAAGCAGAAGAAAGCAGAAGAUGACACCAUUGCAGCUACUAACACAGCUCAGAGUGACAUGUUUGGUGGAGACUCACCUACAGAAGACGUUGGUGUUGGUGGGAUACAUGAUAACUUUGCAGCUGAACUGGCUCAGAAGUUGGGUGUAGCAGCUGCUGAAGGAGUAUCUGAACAAAGAGCUGAAGGUAAUAAACAUACUGUGAAGUGGGAUGGAGGUGACGGUAAUGAUCUCUUUCGCCAGCGAGAUGGGAAGUUCUCUGGUGGACAAGGUCUGUUUGAUGACUUGGAAGAUUCAUCAGGAUCACUAUGGGGCAGUAAGGACAAGCUAACUAUAGAUAAAGGUGUCGAGAAUCCUACUGAAGCAUGGCUGUUUGGUCCUGGUACUGGCAGUGAAAAUGGUACGGAGAAAACUAAGAGAUUGCUUAGUGUUGCCGCAAGAGGUGUAGCUACCAGUACUCCAGAAACUCAGACGGAUGAUUUGGGCCUGUUCAUAGACUCUGACAUUUCCAACAUCAAGAAUUCUCCACAGUUGGAUGGUGACUUGUGUACUGCUCCUAAGCAACCACCCAGAAACCCUGGGCAAGUCAUAGUGGAUCAGCAACCAGUUAGUAAUAAGAAGAAGAAGCCUGCUGGUGCAGUGUCUAUCUUUGGCAGUGUGGAUGUGUUCAAGGCUGGUAUUCGUAAGCCUCCAUCAUGUUCUUCAUGCAGUAGUGAUGGUUCUGAGUGCACAGGGGACACUAGUAGUGGUAUUGGUCAGACCAGAAGUGAACACCAAGACUCCACAAAAAGUCCAGGGACAUCGGCUGCUGCCAGCGGUAGCAAAAUAUCCUUGUUUGAUCCUUCAGCAGUCCUUAAUAAGGCCAUCACCAGUUCAUACUUAUUCCAAGAUGAGACUGUAGGUGAUGAUGACAGCCUGUUCAGCAAUUCUCAGAAGGGCAUAGCACCUAGUUCUGAUAAGUCAGCCAAUGGAGGAGGUCCCAUAUCUAGCGUUGGUGCUGCAUCCCAGAAACACAUUUCUCUCUUCAGUGACUCAGAUUCUGGGGAUGAUGAUAUUUUGUUCUCAUCCACAAGCUCAGCAAGUUCUCGUUCUCGCCGCUCACAAGGGAGUGGAGACCUGCUUGCUGCAUCUGGAGAGAAAGGACGUUCUGCAGCAGUUCCAAAAACGGGCCCUGUUGAUAAUGAAGACCUAUUUGGUGGAACCAAAGAUGGGCCAGUUUUUGACAUAUUUAGCACAGUAGUUAAUACUGUGGGAAAGCCUGAAGGAAUUGAAGAUGGAAAUAAGGACCUAUUUUCGGGACAGUUAGAUGAUCCAGAAUACAACUUAUUUGGCCCAUCUGAUACAUUUACAUCUGGAACUACAGUUGAAGAAAAGUUAAAACAUAAUGGCAAAGAUAUGUUGUUUGGUGUUGGUGGCGGGGAUAAAUAUUUUGACAUCCUGGGAGGCAGUGGUGAUGCUGAGUCAGUAAGAACUAUGACUCAAGUGUCUGUGGGCCAUAAUAGUCAGAGUUCCUUCAAAGACAGUAACUGGGGUCUGUUUUCCAACAGCGGCACUGAUGGUCUGGUUGGUGAUAUUUUUGCUGUUCCAGUUAAUAAAUCUCAGCGUGAACCCUUGCCCUCUAAAGCCAUGGUAGUAGACAGUUUGUUUCCUGGAGGAAGUGUUUUAGAGGACAGUACAGACAAUUUAUUUGCAAGUCCAGUGAAACCAAGGAAAUGGAGCCAAAACAUAAUGAAAACAGAUGGGAUUAAUGGCCAAAUUGAUGAUUUGUUUUCAGUUCCUAGAACAGUGAGCAGUACUCAAGAUGCCAAUGAAAAUAAGGUUGUUCCCAAAGACUGUACUGCAUCAAAUUCAGAGCCUGUAACUGAGUCACAGAAUGAUGUAUCUGCUGCAGUCCCAGAUGGGUCCAGUUACAUGGUUUCUUCCAGUCAUUUUAGUAAUGUAAUGGGCAAAAGUGGCACUGAUCUGUUCAAUACAAGUACUUCUAACUUGCUGGUUAAUAAGGAGCCUGUUACUUCAAAUAAACCUCUCAUAAGCCCAAAGCCAAAGCUUUCUCCUGUUCGUAAGCCACCAUUAUUACAGGUCACAGUGGGAAAAUCUGAUAACUUUCCAGCAUGUAAAAUGAAUUUUGAUAAAAACAUUUCACAACUUUCGAGUUCCACUGAUGCCAAAGAAACAUGUGAUAACUUAUCAGGGGAUGCAGUCCAAUCUGAUGGUCAACAGGCUUCAACAAAAUCAGGACAAGAAAGUGAAAUCAUUUCUUCAGUGGCAGAAAAUACAGAAAGACUGACCACUAAAGAAGAGUCUGUUCAGCCAUCAAAGUUGGAACCUCCAAGGACAUUAAACAUCCGCAAGAGUACAGGUUUCCUGUUCAGCAGUUCAUCAAAUGAAGAUGAGGAUUUAUUUGGAAUGUCUUUGCCUAAGGAAGUGACCUUGGAUUCAGAUUCUACAGAAGUUACUGAUGAGAAACCAAGCAACAAUUUGUCUGCUGUGCUGCAGGGUUCCUCAUCCAUUGUUCGGAAGCUAAUGCCAUUCAGUGCAGAAAGGCAUUCAGAGAGCGAGAAGGAAAUGUCUAGUAAAGUGGACUCUCAUAAAGUUCCUGCAGAAUGUGAUAGCAGCAGUACACUGGAGGUUUGGUCUGUUGGUGCAAGUCCCAGACUGCCGAAUAUUGACCCUGUGACACUUCUGCCUGGAGCACGACCUUCUCUUAGAGAGAAUCAUAGUGUUGAAGUAGCUGUUAGUUUUGAUCAACCAGCUCAAUUUAAUGCAACCCUACCCAAUGCAGGAAAGGAUCGUGCCAAAAUUCAAGCAAAGCGGCGACCCCCUAGUCGCAGAGCUCGCCAAGAAGCUGUGAGAACGUCUGGUAUUUUCUCUGAAGGACUUGAUACUGUUGAUGACAUACAAGAACCUGGUGGUGUGAGCUCCACACGUUCACAACCUCCUCCCUCUGGUAUUGUGCAUUGUCCAUCCAAGCCUCAAUCAUCAAGUUUUGUAGAUGGCAGCAGUAAUCUUCUCUCUCCAUCAACAGAUGAAGAAGACCUUUUUGGAGUGCCACAAGAUUUACCUUCAGAAUAUGGAAGCAACAAAGAUGAUAGCCAAAGUCUUUUCAGUUGUGCACCAGUUUUAUCCCCGUUAGAGCCACUUGCCAAAUUUCCAACAGCAAAUAACUUGCCAAAGUGUACAGCCAUUGAGUGUCCUGAGGGGGACACUCUCCAUGCAAGCAAAGUGUUAAAAGAUUCUACUGUACCCGUAAGUCACAUUCCCUCAAAUGAAAACAGUAUAUCAGUUCCUGAUUUCAGUAGUAGUGAUCCUGACAUAUGUGAAAUUCAGCCUCCACUGGAGGUAUUACAUGACAUUGACACCAAGAAGACAGAGCCAUUGUCAGGAACAGAGAAGCAGGAGCUCUUUGGUACUGACAGUGUAUUUUCUUCAGUAAAGCCCAUUCCGGAAUUGAAUGCAAGUUAUACCAUUGUUGGAAAAACAAGGCAUUUGUCAGACUCUCAUCAGAAUGCGCAUGCAUCAUCGAAAGAUUAUCUGUCAUCAGAAGAUCCUUUGUCUCCAGACGAGAUACCACCCAUGUCUGAGAAUAUGCAACAGUCUCAGUCACAAGAGGAACUGUUUGGAUCUGGAUGUGUAAAACACACUGAUGAUUUGUUUUCUUCAAGGAAAGGUUCUGCUGAAAUACUGAAUGAUUUGUUUUCAGCUACCAGAAUGGACAGUUCCAUUCAUAGUGGUGGUGGUGGUGGUGGUGAUGUGCAGAAACAGUCAGUGCCCACAGAGCAAGAUCUAUUAUCGAAGAACAUCAAAGAUGAAAAAACACCAAAUUCAAAUUCUGGCAUGUUUGGGGUAGACUGCCCUGAAUAUGAUGACUUCCUCUUUGCUGCCACUUCCACAAAAAAUGUUGGUAGCUCUGUAAUCAAGGGAUCUGUGGUAUCAUCAAUGAAGGGUUCUCUUUUUGAUGAAGAUGAUGGUGAUGAUUUAUUUGGAUCUGUUAAGUCUGCUGGUAAAUCUGCUGCAUCUGCCAAGCCAAUGGACAGUGGAGGAAUCCAUCUGAUGACAAAUGCUGUGUUGACAUUUAUAGUACCUGAUGGCCUUGAGUAUGAGUAUGAGGGGUGGCCAAAGACCCCACGGUUGCACCAAAGUUUUUAUUCACAGAUGAAUCUCGCUUCAUUUGAAUUGGGAUCCCCAAUGUUCAUCUUGAACGUUUGUAGUCAAAUGAGAAUCCUUGUAACUUUUAUUCUCACCAUCAGCAGUGACAGUUUUCCAUCAACUUGUGGGCUGGAGUUUUAG